AUGAGUCAAACGGCCAAUUCCUGCCAGCAGCUGGUUGAGAACUGCCCGGCGCCCGUGGCGGGGAUGGCACAGGAGGACGGUCGCCGCGGGCAAGUGCCACCCACCUUCUACCACGGGGCCAGCCAGGAGCUCGACCUGUCCACCAAGGUGUACAAGAGGGAGUCAGGGAGCCCCUACUCUGUGCUGGUGGACAGCAAAAUGAGCAAACCCCACCUCCACGAGAGAGAGGAGCAGCCUUAUUUCAGGGAGAACAGAGCGGUAGGAGAGGUCCGGGCUGUGAAAGAAGACAGAGAAAACUCUGACGACUCUGAGGAGGAAGAGGAGGAGGAAGAUGAAGUGACUUACAAAAGGGAGCAGAUUAUAGUAGAGGUAAACCUUAACAACCAAACCUUAAAUGUAUCAAAAGGGGAGAAGGGUGUCCCCUCCCAGUCCAAAGAGACUGCUGUUCUUAAGACCAGCAGUGAGGAAGAGGAGGGUGACAGUGGGGAAGAGGCCACUGAAGACAGUAAUGAUUAUGAGGAAAAUGAGAGGCAGAAGAAAAAGGAGAAAAGAGUGGAAAAAGUUAGUGUUGCACAAAGGAGAACGAGGAGAGCUGCCUCUGCUGCAGCAGCCACCACCUCCCCACCACCCAGAACUACAAGGGGUCGUAGAAAGAGUGUGGAGCCCCCCAAGCGUAAGAAGAAAACUGCAAAGGAGCCCAAGGCACCUGUGCAGAAAUCAAAGUGUGAAGAGAAGGAGACUUUAACCUGUGAGAAGUGCCCCAGGGUGUUUAACACACGCUGGUACCUGGAGAAGCACAUGAACGUCACUCACAGGCGAAUGCAGAUCUGCGACAAAUGUGGGAAGAAAUUUGUGCUAGAAAGUGAGCUGUCCCUUCACCAGCAAACUGACUGUGAAAAAAAUAUCCAGUGUGUUUCCUGUAACAAAUCCUUCAAGAAGCUCUGGUCCCUCCAUGAACACAUCAAGAUUGUCCAUGGAUAUGCAGAGAAGAAGUUCUCCUGUGAGAUCUGUGAGAAGAAGUUCUACACCAUGGCCCACGUGCGGAAACACAUGGUUGCACACACCAAGGACAUGCCAUUUACAUGUGAAACCUGUGGAAAGUCCUUCAAGCGCAGCAUGUCCCUCAAGGUCCAUUCCCUGCAGCACUCGGGGGAGAAACCCUUCCGCUGUGAGAACUGUGAUGAGAGGUUCCAGUACAAGUAUCAGCUGCGCUCCCACAUGAGCAUCCACAUUGGGCAUAAGCAGUUCAUGUGCCAGUGGUGUGGCAAAGACUUCAACAUGAAGCAGUACUUUGAUGAGCACAUGAAAACACACACUGGAGAGAAGCCCUUCAUCUGCGAGAUCUGCGGGAAGAGCUUCACCAGCCGGCCCAACAUGAAGCGGCACCGGCGGACGCACACGGGGGAGAAGCCGUACCCGUGCGACGUGUGCGGGCAGCGCUUCCGCUUCUCCAACAUGCUCAAGGCGCACAAGGAGAAGUGUUUCCGCGUCACCAGCCCCGUCACCGUGCCCGCGGCCGUGCCCAUCCUGCUCUCCUCCUCCUCCUCCUCCUCCUCCCCCGCCGUGCCCGCCGUGCCCGGGCCCCCCUCGGCCCCCGCCCCGCCCGUGCCCCUGAGCCCCGUGAGCGCCGCUCCGCCCCGGCCCGUCCCGCACCCCUACUCGCACCUCCACCUGCACCCCCACGCCCACCACCCCCACCACCUGCCCGUGCCCCCCGUGCCACACCUGCCCCCCCCCCCGGCCCUGUUCAAGAGCGAGCCCCUGAACCACCGCGGGCAGAGCGAGGAGCCCUUCCUGCGGCACCUGGCCGAGAAGAACAGCCCGGCCCAGCACCACUGACGGCCCCAGCGCUGCCUGCCCUCCGGAGGUACUGGGGUUACCGGGGGGAUCUCUGGCUCAGCUCCCCACGUGCCCCCGGAGUCACUUACCCAGGAAAAACAAAACCCCCCGUUUUUGGUCGGCGCCCGUUUCCGAACCCGGGACCGACAGGACCGAGGGAAAAAACCCCCACUUGGGUCGUGGUUUCUUUCCCCCCCCUCCUCCCGGUGACUUUUAUGAAUUUCAGACACUGAGACUCGUGGAAUUUUAUAAUUUCAUAUCAGCUGAUGAGGUAUGCUUGCUUUUAUAUCCCGGACUUCUCCUCAAAGAGGAGACAGGCCUGGUUUUCUUUGUACUAAUCGGAAAGGCUGUGAGAUUAAUACAGAGCAUUAAUUGUAUCACUGUGUAUGUAACGGAUUCCUUUCAGCUUCUGGUAUCACGGUAUAUUGGAGCAUUAUAAAGAAAGGCAAAAAAAAAAAAAACCCUCCUUGUUUUGUGUAGCUCUCCUAACACACUCUUUAUUUUACUACAGAAAUUAUUUUAGAGUUUUUUGUAUAGACCUAUUUAGUAGUCUGUUUCUAAAAACGAAAAUUGUAUUUCAAUAAGCGGUGUAAUUUUUUCAGUGUAGCUGGACCUAUGUUGUAUAAUAGAUAAAUUUUUAUAAUCAUCGAAAAAUGUGAUUCUUAAAAAAAAAAAA